AUGUUUCAUAUACUAAAGGUUAAAAAAGAAAAAACUAAGAAACACUUUGCUCACCAAAAAAUAAAAAAGGGUAGAGAGGGGAAAAAGAAAAAGAGAGCAUCGUCGUUUCUCUGGUGGUCGGCGCGUCGUCGCAUUUGUCGGUUUGAAAUCUCAUAUCUAGUUUUGUCGGUUUCGUCUUCGGCAGAUCCGUCUUCGCAUGAGGUUCUCCGUCGGUCUCCGGCCUCUGAUUUGCCUGUUUCAUGUUUCCCAGCCAUUCGUUUUCCGGUGUCUUCUCUUUCUUUGAUGCUCGCGUUGAAGGUGUUUGAAGAGAUUGUGCUUGGAGCGGUGGUUUUGGGGAGUUGCAGAACUGGUCGUGGCGGCGGUUUGUGGUGGACUUUGUGGUGGUUAGGUUGA